AUGCAGGGUCAGAUCGAUUCACCGUCCCCCAACGACGACGACUCGCGGACGCAAAAGGUUUCGGCGGAGCCGUCCAGUGACCCGACCGAAGUCUUCUUGAGAAAUUACGCCAGUUCAAUGUUUCGAUAUUAUAAUAUUUCAUCGGUGAACACGGCAGCAAUGACGCCUGUUGCCGUAGAAGUCAAGAGGAUGACGCCGCCGUCCAUCUCGCCAAUGCCGCAGGUUCGACCGGCUGAAGUGGACGUGCAGUCAAUCAGCGAUCUCGCGGGUCCACCGAGGAGAAGACGACAUUCCAGUUCAAUGUCAAACAUUUCAGUGCGUUUUAGUUCGGUCGAGAUUGAGUGUAGUGCAGCCCUGGUGGGAGUUUGA